GUAUAGGCAAACAUGAUUUAAUAGAAGAUGAUGAUCAUGAAGUGGAACGAUGUAAAAUAGUUACUGUUAAGCCUUUCAAAAAAUCAUUGGGUGAAUUCUAUGACACAAUGGAGAAAUUUCAUUUGCCCAUCACCUCCAAUAAUGCAGUCACCAAUAGUUCUCCUUUAACAACAAAGGAAUUCACAUCAUCAUUGACAAUUUAUCGACCAAAAAAUCUUACAAUUUUGCCAUAUCGUGGAGCAAUAAUUUCAACAAUUAUGAGUGUACACCAUGCAAUAACUAUAGCCUCAUGGAUAGAUAAAAUGGAUUUAACAAGUAAUAAUAAUGGUGGUGUAGAUAAUCAUAACACUAAUAAUAUUGCUACCACUAGUACAAGAAUAGUUGAGUCAGAUCACAAGUAUGCUUUAAAUUAUUGGAGAUCAAUUGGACCUUCAUUUGGUAAAUUUGAUUUACUAAUGGAAAACAAUAUUAUCAAAUUUAAACAUAAAAGCUAUCAUCCAAACAUUAUGCCAAUUGAUAAUGGGUAUGCUAGAAUUGAAGAUUAUGAAGUGUUUCAAGUGGUUAGGAAAGCUACUGUCUUGUCUCCCUCAUCUUCAACCAUUAUUAAUGCUAAUUCUACAUCUACUGAUAACAUUAUAUAG